AUGGCUUCUCGAACAAGAUUCCCGAUGCUCGUUGCAGCGACAGCCGUAAUAUUUGGCGCCAUCGCUGCCGCGUCGGACAGUACGGCCGCCAUCAUAACUUCUACCCUUGUCUCCAGCGCUCAGAGUUCGACGGCCACUACAGGCUCUUAUACGCUUUGCCAGUUCUACUCCAGUAUUCCCGGAGCCACAGGAGGGUCGAGUGCGACAGUCACCACGCUUACUCUUCCUCCUUGCCCAUCUAGCAUCAUAACGUUCUCGUACACAGAUCUCCUUCCAACGGCCACGACCGAUGCGAUCACACUCACCAGCACAUUCCCCUCCGCCAGUGCUUCCUCAUACACUUUAUGCCAGUUCUAUUCAAGUAUUCCGGGCGCGACUUCAGGUGCCAGCACAAUGACACUACCAUCUUGUCCUUCAGAUCUCCAGACCUUCACGUACACGCUUCCAUCCACUACGGCUGAGACGGUAGCUUCAACUCUAGCAGGAUCUUCCACUGUCGUUUCUGGAAGUGGGCUUGCAUCGUCCUUUCCUGGCGUGGCCGCUCCCACAGCCGCUGUUGACAAGAUCGUUGUCGCCGGCGUCGGAGCUCUUGUUGUGGCGGCAGGAUUGAUCUAA